AUAUUUCUAAUAAUUGAUGAGUUUGACUUGUUUCUUCAUCAUAAAAAUCAAAUACUUCUCUAUAAUUUAUUGGAUCUAAUACAGUCAUUCAACAUUCCUCUUGGUAUCAUAGGAUUGACAUCUAGAAAGGAUGUUUUGGAGCUUUUUGAAAAGCGAGUAAAAUCCCGUUUUUCUCAAAGAAUUGUCUUAUUAUUUUUUGAGUAUUCUUUCCUGGAGUACAAACAGAUAUGCAAAAAUUAUUUAAGCCUUCCUUCUGAUUUGUUGGAGAACAGGGACGAUGUUACGACGUGGAACACUAAUCUAGAUGAAUUUUUGUCCGAGCCUUUGGUUGUGGAGGUUUUAAAAAAACAGUUCGAGAUUGAUUCAAAUUACAGAUCAUUGCAGUUAUUGCUGUUGUAUCCAGUAUCAAAACUGACUAGCUGCAGAAAGAAAUUAGAAGCGAAGGAUCUAGUGUUUUCAUUCAAGCUUUGCAAUGCUAGUGAUUCCAAAUGUCCAAUAAUACAAGGUCUUUCUACUUUAGAGUUGAUAUUAGUCAUUUUGGCAGGGCAAUUAUCUAACUCAUCAUCAUGGGAACCGUUCAACUUUGAAAUGAUUUAUCAGGAAUUUAAAAAUAUAUGCAGCAAAAAAAAUCUCAACUUCACUCACGACAAAGCAACGGCGUUUAAGGCAUUCGAGAACAUCUGCUCACUAGAAUUAUUAAUUCCUGUCAAUGGGUUAAACCAAAAGUUGAGAAGAGAAUAUCAACUUAUGAAAACCACUGUCCAUCCAACGCAACUAAGAGAAGCCAUCAAUCGUUAUCAAAAUUGCCCUACCCACUUCAAACACUGGAUUAUAUCUGAUCUGCUAACCACAUAA